AUGGGCUCUCCAGUGACGCAGCAAAUGAUGUUGCUGCGCAUGCGAUGGGGCAUUGGGAGGGCCCUGACCACUUCCGCGAGUUCGGGCAGGCAGGCGGGGCAGCUGCAGCCACAAAGUGGUUUGGCGGGGGCCCACCUGGGGGCCGCAGUCUCGAGGCAGGCGCCAGACUUGACUGCGCAAAGGCCCGAAAACACUAAAGGCGGCAGCAAAGGCUCUCGAGUCAUUCCCAAGACAGCAGCACUAGUGGUUAUGAACAGCCGCACUAGCUGCUGCUUCCUCUCCUCUCCCAGCAGGUGCUGCAGCAGCAGCAGCAGCAGCAGCAGCAGCAGCAGCAGCAGCAGCAGCAGCCCGCCCCCCGAGGGUUUGCCUCUAGGGGUUUGCGGCACUCGGGCCUGCGCUGCAGCUGCUUACUUCGUACUCCGGCGGGGGGAAGUCCAGCAUCGCUGCGAGGGCCAGCACCCGGCGGAUGUCUGGGCAGCGCUCUGCGCAAAGCAGCAGCAGCAGCAGCAGCAGCAGCAGCAGCAGCAACAGCAGCAGCAGCAGCAGCAGCAGCAGCAACAGGCUUCGCAGGUCAAAAGGCAGCAAUUCACACUCUGCAGCGCUCCUGCAGAAAAGACACUCAUCAGGCGACGAGCUCCAGCAGCCGCGAUGCCAGCAGCAGUUGCACUGGCAGCAGCAGCAGCAGCAGCAGCAGCAGCAGCACUAGCAGCAACAGCAGCAACAGCAGCAGCAACGGCAGCAGCAGCGGGCAGUGCAGCGGCCAGCCGGCAGCCCGCCAUUGCAGCUCAUUCUGGCCUUUCUCUAUCAGGCGCACAGCCCCGCAAAGUCUGGAGCUGA